GCAUUUCUGGUGAUUACAUUAAAAAUAAAAAAUAUAAAAUUCGGCAGAAGUAUAGAUAAGCGUUGUGACUACGAGAAUCGGGACUUUACGCUGGACACAGACCGUGACCGCUCUCUGGUGUAUUUUGGGUGCUACCGUCUGUGAUGGAAAACACUGCUGAUGACUACAGGAUCCAGUCUUUUGACCUGGACACACAGAUGUUACUGAAAAGAGCCUUGAAAGAUCCGAGUUCAGUGAACCUGGAGAAAGUGUCCGAUAUCAUCGUGGAUCAGUCUUUAAAGGACCAGGUUUUCAGCAAAGAGGCUGGACGCAUCUGCUACACCAUCGUGCAGACCGAGGCCAAGCAGAGCAACGGGAUCGUGUUCAGGAGGAACGUGUUGAACCGCCUCCAGCAGGAGUUCAAGAAGCGCGAGGAGACGAGAGGGCGCUCGCUGCAGGAGUGGGUGUGCUACGUCACGUUCAUCUGUAACGUCUUCGACUACCUCAAAGUGAACAACAUGCCGAUGGUGGCUCUGGUCCAUCCUGUGUAUGACUGUUUGCUCAGGCUGGCCCAACCAGAUGCUCUAAUGAAUGAAGAGGAGGUGGACUGCCUGGUGGUGCAGCUGCAUCGCAUCGGAGAGCAGCUGGAGAAGGUGAACGGCCCGCGGAUGGACCAGCUGUUCUUCCUGCUGCGGGACGGCUUCCUGCUGCAGGAGGGCCUGACCUCUAUGACCCGUCUGCUGCUGCUGGAGGUCCUGGAGUUCAGGGCCGGAGGCUGGGUGCUCAGCAGCACCGCCCACAAGUACUACUACAGUGAGAUUGCCGACUAGGAUUGUUUUGCGUGGACAAAGGGUGCUGAGCAGCCUCUAAUUAUUAAAAACCAGCAACAUUUCUGAAGGACAUCGACAUCCUCCAGGAAACCAGCGGAGGGGUUUUGAGAAGACGGCGGUUCAUAAAACUGUAAAUAGACUUUUUGAUUUGGCUGUUUGAUAAUAUUUCCGAGACUUGGUGCCGUGGAUGUGGAAUGUGCAAUAUAGUUCACAAAGUUACGUUAACGAGGUUUAGCCACAUUCAGGUACACUUUAUUUUGAAGAAGCCGAGGAUAUUUUUUAAGUUUUUUUUUUUUUUAUUUUUUUUUUUUAUUGAUCUUGCAGGCAUUCCUGUUUUAAAGAAGUUUUUCAAAGUCCAACUUAAUUUUUACCAAAUUCACAGGACUUGGAACAGACAUUCCAGUAAGAGACAAGCUGGUCUUUGCUUUGCUUUUUUUUGUUGUGUGACUAAAUUUAAUUGAUAAUCAAUAUUUGUGUGUGGAAUUGACAUUUUACAAAAGGUUUGAAUUGCUGUUCAGAGGACUUUUCUCCCUCAUUGGUCCUGUAGGAUUCCUGAGUUACUGUUUUAAUUAGAUAAAGCGUCUUCAUUCAGGGACCUUCUUUUAUUUAAUUCUUUGUUACAGCUCGACUAAUACACUAAAGACCAAGAGCUUAGUGACCGUUCAUAUUUUAAAUUGUUUCUACAGAUAAAUCAAUCAGAUAUUUAACAAAUUUCUGGAUUCACAAACUUGAUUUGUUAAACAACUCGUGCCAAUAUAACAAGAAAAGCGUCGUGCAACACUUCUUGACGAAGCUCUUAAUUUGUAGUUUAAUUUACUGAAAUAAAAGUAGCAAUACCACAGUAACCAAAAGUAAAGUACUCAUCUCGUAUUAUUAAUCAGAAAAAUAUCUAGGAACUAAAGUUAUCAAAUAAAUGAAAGUACAAUAUUUACCUCGAUUGCUUUUAAGUAAAUGUGCUUAGUUGCUCUCACCACUGCUGGAGGAAUGUUUAUGUUCACGUGUACGCAGGUCAGUUAUAAACCAGCAGAAGUCCUGUUCCUGGUUACUCCACCGUAUGUAGCUGAGCUCAGUCUGCUGUGUGACUCUCACUCACGGCUUCGCAGUCUUUAACCAGAGCUGUGCCUUUUGAUUCAGACACAAGCAGACGAAUGUCAUGUGGUAGAAAUGUUGCAUCUCUUUGAAAUGGCAUUGUUUUGAAAAGCUGUUCCUGUAAUUAUAUGUAAAUAAGUAAGGGUUAAUAUAAAAUUGGCGGACAGAUCAACCUCAGUGUUGGAAAAUAGUUUAAUUAAAAGCCCAGCCAUGGUCAGGAUUUAGGAAAUGUUGUAUUAUAUUUCCCCAAAUAUGUUCUUCUAGUUUGAGGAUUUCAGUUUAAGGUUUUUUUUUUCACCUCCUUCAGACCAAGUUGAUAAAACAAACACGAUAAGUUCAACGACAUAUGAAAGUGAUCCUGAAGAGUUGGUGACGGGACGCAGUGCUGACUGCAGCAUCUGUUCAUAUAUUUUAUUACACUUUUACAUUUCUCAAUUCCAUUUUUUAUGGUUGGGCUGUACAUUUAACGCAAAUGUAUUUGUUCUAAUAAAUCUUGGAAGUUUUUCCUU